CUGAGCCACCCAGGCGCCCCGGCAGUGAUGUUUCUUAUUGAAAUUAGUUUUGGGGCACAAACGUGGUGUGGCCCUUGCGUUGAACAGAUGGGUUUCCAAGGUCACUGGACGCCAGGAAGGGUCCCUGUCCUAUAGAUGGGCUGUGUCGCACCUCCCUGCACCUGCCUGUAGAGAUGGGGUGCAUUCCCCUCUGGGCAUCUCCCCAGAGCUCAGGGGUCAGGGCCCCACCGGAAUUCUCGCCCACCGUGCCCUGCCAUACCUAUUCUCCUCCCAAGUUUUCCUUGUCUUGGCAAAUGUGCCCCACUGAGAAACUGCGUGCCUUUCUGGAGCCACCCUUCUCCCUCACCCGGCAGAGCACGUGAGCAGACAUUGUCAACUCCACCUGCAAACUGUUUCCAUUCCGCCCACUUCUGUGCGCUUCCAGGGACAUGCCCUAGACCGGCUCUCGAGUGCCCCUCACCGGACGCCGCACGACCUCCUGCGGUGGUGCCCCUGACCCACUGCGGGGAAUGACAGACCCCGGAACAUGUCACACCACUCCCUGUUAUUCCAGACUUCCCGUCCACACUCCCUCAGGGCCCCCGCAAUCUGCCCUCCCCACUGCUCCAGCUUUGGGGUGUGUCCUGCGCUGUCCCCUGCGCGCUGUCCCCCUAGGGAGAGGUCUUCCCCGCCCCGUCUGGCACACAUCUGUCCUCCAGCACCUCUCAGUGCUUUCCCAUGUACAACCCAGCUUAGUUAGAUCCUUCUUCAUCUUUCUCUUUGCCUCGAAGGCACUUUGGGUAGUUUUAUGUUUACUUGUUGUCUUUAAAGUUUUAAUGAAAUAUGGAGUACAUGCAAAAGAAUCUUGCAAUCAGAGGUGUGCAGUAUAAUGAGAAAUGAAGCUAUAAUGUGAGCACCUAGGUACAGUCACAGUUGGAAAGUGGAACCGUCCAGCACUUUUCAUGUUCUCAUGCACCCUCCCCAAUCUUGAUCUUCUUCCGUUUUCAGAGAGAUUUCUCUUGAAUAUUGGGUGGUUAUUCUCCUACAAUUUCAAAUUUAGUUAGGUUUUGUUUGUUUCUUUUUGUUUUUGUUUUUAACUAGCUCCAGUUCUCUCUGGACCCCGAGCCCAUUGCCAUCAACUGCACAGCCUUCAAUCACAAUGGGAACCUGCUGGUCACAGGGGCAGCUGACGGCGUCAUCCGGCUGUUUGAUAUGCAGCAGCACGAGUGCGCCAUGAGCUGGAAGGCCCACUGCGGGGAGGUCUACUCGGUGGAGUUCAGUUACGACGAGAACACCGUGUACAGUAUCGGCCAGGACGGGAAGUUCAUCCAGUGGAACAUCCACAGGAGCGGCCUGAAGGUGUCUGAGUAUGGUCUCCCCUCCGACGCCACGGGCCCUUUCGUGCUGUCGGGUUACAGCGGCUACAAGCAGGUUCAAGUCCCCCGGGGCCGACUCUUCGCUUUUGACUCAGAGGGAAAUUACAUGCUGACGUGUUCUGCCACAGGGGGUGCCGUCUACAAGCUGGGCGGGGAUGAGAAGGUUCUGGAGAGCUGCUUGAGCCUGGGCGGCCACCGAGCCCCUGUGGUCACUGUGGACUGGAGCACGGCCAUGGACUGCGGGACGUGCCUCACUGCCUCCAUGGAUGGCAAGAUCAAGCUGACCACUCUGCUGGCUCAUAAACUGUGACGGGACCCGCCCCGAGGGACACCCACGGAAGCAGUAUUAUCUGGGGGGAGUGGAGAAACAGGACAGGAAGACAGGGCACUCUGCUUCCCGCUCCUGGCCAGUGUGGGGACUCCUCAGGGAAAGACUGUCCAGGGAACCCCGGCUCUGUCCAGCUGCAGAGACUGGACGGGAGCCACACUGAGUCGUGGCACGAGUGCCCCAGAGACCAGCACACUGGGCUGCGCAAGAGGCAAGCCCCAGGUGGCAGGGAGGAAAGUUCAGGAAGCAGGAGAUGCAGAGUGCUGGCUGCUCUGUUGGCCCAGGAGGGACUGACAGUAUUUUGUAUAUAUUUGCUCAUUUUUCAUCUUUUUUUAAAAAAAGAAUGUUCUCAUGGUCACCUGGUAUCUCUUUCUGGAACGCGUGCAUGCAGCGGAGCGUCUCCCUUCGCCCUUUGCCCUUGGAGAGGCAGAUGUUCCGACAGGGAGCUGGUCAGCUGCGAGCUGAGGUCCUGCGUGCCCGCUCUUGCCAGCUGUAGGACUGAGCCGUGUGGGAGGUUUGCUUGUCGCUUUGCCUUGGAGCUAGGCCGUCCUGUCUCCCACUGCGCUGGCUAGCUAAGGAGAGAAAAGCGAGAUGGGAGACUUAAAAUCUGACGAUAAAAAGAGGGUCCUUCCCACAUGGAUGACAGCCCAGGAGGCCGAGAAGAGAAAGGUUCCAGCGAAGACCCCCAAGGGAAGGAGAAGGCCGGCGGCAGCGCAGAGGACUGUUGCAGCAAGGCUUGCCGCGGCGAGGACCGUGUACUGCAUGAGUGAAGCUGAAAUGGUGGAUGUCGCUCUGGGGACCCUGAUUGAGGCCCGGAAACAGGAAAAGCCCUUGGAGCCGCUGACCCUGGCGGGCGCUGAUAAACCACAGCUGUCCCCAACCUGCUCAACGUUGUCACCGAGUUCUCCUGGGAGUAGAAGUGAGGAUGAGGACAAUGGGAAAGACGCCCUUCCUCCAGGCCUCCGCCCUCCUCAGGGGCCCACGGGGUCUGACUCUGCGUGCAGCAGGAGCCCUGAGGAGGACGAGGACAUGUUAAAAUAUGUCAGGGAGAUAUUUUUCAGCUAAGGGACAGACUUCCCAGAACUUCCUUCCCAGGGCGCUGAGGGAAGCCGGCUUCCCUUCCCGGCCUGGGGCCUGGCCGAGGAUGCCGAAGAGGCCCAGUCCUCCCCUCCCUGGGCUGGCAGAUGCACCAAGGAGGGGAAGCCCAGGAGGCUUUGGGCCUUGGGAGCUGUCGCGUUGAGUGUGUGGAAGUGAGGAACCAUAGAAUUUCUCUCUGCGCUGCGCCUCCUCCACUCUGAGGGUCUGGCUUUAUUCACUUCCCAGGUUCAGGGAAAGGUGGACAAGGGGGUCACACUUACUGGAACCGUCGUAGAGUCAACUUAAUAAAUUUGAAAGAAGAAGGAGUA